AUGGAUGCGUUUCUUUCCAAAAAAAGGCGAAGGCUGUCGGAGCCAGAGCAGAGAAGUUUGGGUGGUGACGUUCCCGAGAAUAUCAACACCGACGGUGAAGAGUCGACCGACAUUAAGCUAGCUAUUCUCAUAUCACUACACCCGGAGGUUGAACAAGAUGAUCUACUUGAUUUUCUUGUCUCCUGUGAUGGAUCGGUUGAAGACGCCUCCUCUUUGCUGUUAUCAAAGAGCUCCACGGGAAGCGUGACAUCAAGAAAACGAGUAGCUCCUGGGUCAUCUCUCGGGGUUCAAACGUCAUUGUCCUCCCAUGUCCUAACGAAAUCCAAAGAUGGAUCUCUCACCCCGAUGAAAGAUAUCAAACCUUUAGCUACUCAGAAAGGAAAGACUCUGCAUCUCUAUUCUCCCGAGGACGUCGCGGUCAAUACACCCUGUACAAUCAUCCACAAUUUUCUUCCUCCAGAAGAAGCGAAUGUGCUCUUGACGGAGCUCCUGGAAGAGUCAGAGCACUUUUCCAGGUAUGAAUUUCAACUCUUCAACCGUACGGUGCAAAGCCCGCAUACGGCAUGCAUAUAUGUCUCUACGCCGGAGGAGUACAAACAACAAACAUCAGAGUACACGUACGGCGGCACAUAUCGGUCAAAUGUGCGACAAGCAACACCAGAGCUACGUGCAGUCUCCCGGAAAGUGCAGCGCAUCGUGAACGAAGAAAUUCAAAAUCGGAUUCGAAACGUAUACCCAGACGGAAAGAAGCUGAAAUACCAGUCACCGAAACAGUGGCGACCGAAUGCAGCCUUUGUGAACUGCUACGACGGACCUACGGAGAGUGUGGGUUAUCAUGCUGAUGAGCUAACUUAUCUCGGGCCACACCCAAUAAUUGGUAGCCUGAGUUUAGGCGUGGAACGAGAAUUCCGUGUCCGCCGGAUCGUCGCCCAAGAUGAAGAUGGGGAAAGUGGAGCUGCGGAAGCGAACGACGAUCAAAACGCUAGCUCACCUUCUACAAAAGCAAAAUCGUCCAAGGCGUCCACUGCGCGUGCAGAUGCCCAAGGUCAAAUCUCCAUCCACCUUCCACAUAAUUCACUUUUGAUAAUGCAUGCCGAGAUGCAAGAGGAAUGGAAGCACGCUAUAGCACCUGCUCAAAAUAUCUCCCCGCACCCUCUCGCAGGAAAUCGUCGCAUCAAUGUUACUUAUCGCUGGUAUCGUGAUACCCUCCAUCCUCGAUUUACGCCACGUUGUCGUUGUGGGACACAUGCAAUUCUACGAUGCUCACAGCGCAAGCAAGAAAAUCGUGGGAGGUAUAUGUGGAUGUGCUACGCCGGUACCACACCUGGGAAACAGAGUUGUACAUUCUUCCAGUGGGCGGAAUUCGAUGAUGACGGCGAUCCAGUGUGGGACCGUAAGCAAAAUCGAGAUGCAGCACCAGCCUUGGCGAAUUUUUCGGCGUCACAGUCAUCCCAAUAG